AUGAUUUUAAGUUUAUUGAUUUUAUAACAAUACUUCCGAUACACAAAUACGAAGUGCACUACUCUGAAUGACGAGCACCAUUUUGAAUUGUCAAUAGGGGAACGAUUUGACUUAAACAUGAAUGACAAUUUUAUUGGUUCCAAUUUGAGAUUUUCCUUGGUGGGAUCUCAUAGCCGACAAUUCACAGUCUAACAACGCUUGCAUUUUGUUGCAAUACAACCCCUCAUGGAAGAUUAUGUCAUCAUCAAAUAAUGGGGAGAACUAUUAGCCUUAUUAAGAGGAACUCAGCAACAAUAUUACAUCCAAUAUGGAAUGUGUGAUUUUCAAUAAGCCCCUGCUUUUGAAAACAUAAUUCAGCUAUUGCCUCGAGGAAAUUGCGUUGAUCUUAUCUAAGACACCCUUUCUUCGUUUGUAGUUUUAUGUGUAGAAUAAACUCUAUAUUAUUUGCAAUAUGUCUAAGUGGAUGGACAAAUCCAAGAAUUCCAGUAUUAGAUGAAGUAAAAACCAAAGAAGUUCAUGAUCAACAUGGUAAAUGGAGUCGUAAUAGUCAUCCAAGUGGCAGAUGAGUGCAUUAUAGAUACCUACUACCAACAAAAGGCAGGAAUGCAAUUAAAUGCAUAAACAUUAUCAUAAUUGACGAUGCAGCAAGUCGAAAACUUCUCCAUCAAUGAUAUUACUGUGAAAGCCGAUUAGAUUAUUAUUGCACAUCAAAUUAGUCACAUGAUCUAUUUGACAAUUCAAAUUUAGAAUGACUAACCUAUUUUUACCCUAGUAAAAUUGGGGAGAUUCUAGUUUGACCUCCUGAAAAUUAGUGCUUACUUAGAUAACUAUCUAAAUCUUAUAGUCGUUGCCCUUAUACCUGACAACAGAUUGUACUUUAUAGAAACGAACAAACAAUAUUAAUUAGAUUCCUAAAUCAAUCUCAAAAAAGCUAAUUUACAAGCAUCUUCAACUUAUUGUUCUAUUCAUGAUGGAAAAAGCUUAAUUAUUUAUAAAUUCAGUGAUGGCUUAAAAACUUUAAUGUUUUAAGAAGAUCUUGAUCUUAUUUAAUACAUAUUUAAUCCAGAUUUGAAUGAUUUGAUAAUUGUUUAAGAAAGAUAAAUUAGUAGAUUUAUUUUAUCGGAUGGUUAUUUAAUUUUGAUACCACCUAAAGAGAUUAUCAAGACUCCAGUGGAAUUUUCGGUUGUGGCUAGUAGUGAUUUAAUGGAAUGUGAAGCGAGAGUUUCUUAUAUUGUAACGAGCAGUGUCAAUUCACAAUUGCUUAAGCCUUAUUCUUAUCCUAAUCCAUAUCCCAAUAUUAUAUUCUUUCCAAAAUUCCCCUCCAUUUAUAGUUUGAAUUAGGUUUCAAUUUCAGGGCCAAAUCAGAAAAUGCUUGUAACUGUAAAAGAGAACGAUUGGCAAUUAAUUAACAUUAUCACAGAUUAUAAAAAAGUUAUACCAAUUUCAGGAUUGAAUGAGAAACGAUUAAAACUAGCAAGCAUCAACGUUGAAAUUAAUAAGCUGAUUCCUACAAAGAUCCACUUUAUAUUGCAAUAUUAUCAAAACCAAUAAUUAUAUACUGAAUUCUUAUCGUGUGAAUUCAACAAACAACAAUUGAAGAUUAACUGUGAUAAAGAAUACAUAAUAGAUCUUGAUAAUGUCAUAACCCAAGAUUAAAUAUUUUAUAGUUAUGACCUUGAAGAUAAUGAAGUAUUCAUCUAUGUUGUAAAUAAAAAUGAAGUCAUCAUAUACAAAUGGUUUGUCAAUCAAUUGAUUUUAUAGAAUAGAGUAUAGUUAGCUAAUGAGAGCAAGUAGCAUAUUUAGUCGUCGAUCUCCUAGAUAAUUUAGGUGAAUAAUCUCUUGGUUAUUCUGAGGGGGGAGGUUGUCUAUCUAAUUUAAAUAUUUGGAGAUGAUUAAUUUAGAAUAGAUGAGGCAUUUUUAUAACAAAAGAACUAUUUGACUGAGUUUAAACCUAGUUAAGUGAAAGUAAGUCAAAUUUGGAAUCUGAUUUUUAUUGUUAAUGGAGGUGAUAUACUUGUGAUCCAGUGUUAUGAGAUUUGCGAUUUGGUGAAUAAAAUAGUGAUAUAGAAUGCCAUGAGUUUGUAGAUUUAGAUUCAAAUGGAGAAGGUAUUGAUUGUGUUGGCUGAGAUUGAAUCUGAAUUGUCUUUAAUGGAGUACCUGAUAAAGGAUCCUCAUUAUAUAGUGUAUCAAAAGAAAUUGUAAACUUAUCACUUUUGGCUUUAAAAAUAGAUGUUGAAUAAUUAUUAGGAUGAUGAAUUUUAUGUGUUUGCUUAUAGUCCAGUGUUGAAACAACGAGUUAUUUUGAUAUAUAAGGUGUUUGUUGAAUUGAGGGAUUCCUUAUUGACUAUGAUCAAUGUAGGUGAGGAUAACUAGGAGUCCUUGUGCUCAGUCAGUGGGAUAAAUCAAAAAUUAAUGUACAUUCACAUGGACAAAUCAGAUUUAAUCUAUUUACUAACAAAUGAUUUACGAUCAACAAUCAAUGUUGAUAAUAAAUCAGAUAGCUUGUUUAUUCACUAAUUGCAAGUGGAAUCCUCUUUUUUCAAUAUCGAUUAUCCUCUCCAAUAGAAAUAUCAUUAGACCAUUAAGUUCGUAGAUUUAAAAACAAUCAUCUAUAAGAAUGUUGAUCAAAUUGAAUUUAAAAUAACAGAAGACAUCUAAAUACCCAUAGACAACUCAUUCUUCACUGGAUUAAUUACUAAUUUAAGGGCUGAGAAUGCACAUUUGGAUAUUCAGAAAUCUGUUCAAUUGACUGAGAACAAACGAUCCUUUAAAUCAGAUGUUAUUAAUACUUGUCAAAUUGAUGAGAUCACUGUGAUCCUCACUCAUAAAACCAUUGAAUUUAUGUACUCUAAUUUCCAAGACUAUUUUGAAUCCUUAGAUAUAACCGAUUUAAAGGCUGAACUUGGGAAUGUGUUUUGCAGUUCUCACAUCACCAAAUUGAUCGCUUUCAGGUAUCUGAAUAUUACUGGUUAGUACAUACAAUUCAUCUAAUGUACUUAACAGAAGUGUUCCAAACAAGGGAACCCUUAGUUGAUGAAGGAGGAUGAAUACAUUUUCUCAUUGAUGAUUAUCAAUUCUACUUUGAUCACACUUAGCAAAGAUACUAAAUACAAUUAAGCUUUGCUAAAUGUCUAUGAUAUCAAAAGGAACGAAUUCUAGAUUUCACUCUACCAAACUGAAAAGAUCGAUAAGCAAAGAGCAAAUCAGGACUUCAAUAUCAAGUACAUCAGCAUGCAAUCCUACUAGGUGAAUGGAAUAAUGAUUUACAAACUAUUUCUCACUGAAAUGAGUAAUGGUCUAUUGUAUGUUGAUAUGGCAUAAGAGAAGUAUAUGUAAAUCAAAUCCAAUGUGAUCAAUCUCAACUUGCAAACUCUGUUGUAAAGCAAUGGGUUAUUUGAAGUUGAUGACUAAAUCUAUAUAAGCACGUUGUCCACCUAAGAUCCAAAAGACUUUCACAUAGAGGGCUACACUGAAUUUUAUCUCCUUAUAAUCACAGCCAAUUCCCUUCACUAUGGAUUGAUUGUGCAAUUCAAAGGGUCCAAAUUAUCUGAGACUUCUAUCGCCUAUCUGCUUCAUACUCAUUAAUUGUGGAAUGUGGUAACCUUCUCUCAGAUUAAGUAAUCCUAUUUGGCACUUGGAUACAUUGUGCCUGAUAAGCAAGAAUUGAUGGUAGCCAUCUACAAAAUACCAGCUAAUAUAUCUACUAAUUUGAAGUCCAGUCCUGUUUUGGUUCACGGAGCAAUCAAUAUUCAACUAGACCGCAAUCUAAAUUAAUUGAUAUUCUUACUUGAAAAUGAGGGAUAGGAUGUCCUCCUUUAUUUUAAAGAUAAGGAUCCAAACAUAAUAUAUUAGGCCAAAAUUUACAAUAGUUCUUAUCUGAUUAUCAAUAGUAGUGUGAAAAAUCAUGAAUUCACUUUGGUGGCUAGCAAUUACUAUUAUGAGAAUUCAAUACAAAUAGUAAUUUUGAAUUAGGUAAAGAAGGGGGGAUUUGGCGUCAUGGUUCUUUUGAUACUGGUUGGUUGCAUCAUAGUAUUGGGUCUGCUGGCUUACUUGUUUUUUAGGAUUCGCUCUAAGGACCAAGUAGUUAAUACCAUUACUUUGUUAGAAUGA